GCCAGUAGCUGAGCCACGACCUCUUUUAUUCGCCAAGGUCAGUGUCUGGAAUGCUAAAGUCCCCUGUGCUGCUGAGGAAACUACAUUACCCAAGAGGGCAAUGCAAACAACGACUGCUGGCUUAAGGCCCUGAACCGAUGGGAGAAGGGUAUUUAGUGCGUGCCUAUCAGAUUGGGGCGGGAUUUCCCUUGUCCUCUUGGUGGCGGUCAUUUUGAGUUCUCCAGUUUGUUCUUCAAGUCAGAAGCUCCGGAGCGUGAGGUGGCGACCGAACAGGCGCCAGAGAAGUGCUUCCUGAUGCUCAGAGGCACGUCCAAAGCUUGAGGACCAGCAGCUGACCGAAUUGGGGCUUCUGAGCCUCGCAGUCUCAGCUCCGCUCACAGUGUCCGCUGGCCAGUAGCCGCGCUGAGGCGCCCUGCUGAGGAUAUGAACUUUGCGGACUUGGCCAUUGCCUUCUCCCAGGAGGAGUGGGGGCUCCUUGGUGAGGCUCAGAGACUGCUCUACUAUGAUGUGAUGCUGGAAAUCUUUGCCUUUGUAACAUCUGUUGGGUGUUGGCAUAAGAUGGAAGAUGAAGAGGCCCCUGCCGAGCAUAUUGUAUCUAUAGAAGGAGAGUCACAGGUAAGGGUUUCUACAACAACUCCAGCAAUGCAGAAGACCCAUCUCUGUGAGCAGUGUGUCUCAGCCUUGAAAACUGUUUUGCACCUGACUGAGUUCCAAGCAGCAUACCUUGAGCAGAAAGCAUUCUUCAGUGACGUGUGUGUGAGAGGCUUCUGUAUCAGUGCAAACUUUCACCAACAACCAAGGCCUGCCAGGGGAGAGAAUCCCAGGAAAACAAAUAUGGACAGGGCCUGGUUUGUGACUAGGUGCAGGUGCUGUGUAUCAAGGGCACUUUUCACCAGGAGAGAGGUUGAGGAGGACUUCCCGGCCAUCUUAGGCCUUCUCCAACACCAGGCCACUCAUAACAGCGAAGAGCCACUCAGUUGUGGUGAGAGUUGGCAGGCCUUUCAUGGUGGAAAAGGUCAUCAUCGAUGGGGUGAACAUGAAAUAGUUGCCAGCUACAACCACAGUGUCGUUCAUUGUCAUGGUGUCUGCUCGGGAGAGUGGCUUUAUGAGUGUAGCAAAUGUGGGAAAGCCUUUAGACAAAUCUUUUACCUCAUUCGACAUAGGAGAGUUCAUAUGGGAGAAAAGCAAUACGAGUGCAGUGUUUGUGGGAAGUGCUUUAACCGCAAAUUUUCCUUUAUUCAACAUCAAAGUGUUCACACAGGAGAAAAGCCGUAUGAGUGCAGUGUUUGUGGUAAAUGCUUCAGCUGCAAAUAUAUCCUCAUUCAACACCUUAGAGUUCACACUGGAGAAAAGCCUUAUGAAUGCAGUGUUUGUGGGAAAUGCUUUAGCUACAAAUUUAAUCUUAGUAAACACCAGAAAAUUCAUGCUGGUAAAAAACCCCAUCAGUGCAGUGAUUGUGGAAAGUCCUUCGGUGAAAGCUCUGCUCUCAUUCAACACAAAAGGGUUCACACUGGAGAAAAGCCAUAUGAGUGUAGUUAUUGUGGGAAGCCCUUCAGACAAACCUCCAGUCUCAUUCAACACUACAGAAUUCACACGGGAGAAAAGCAGUAUGAGUGCAGUGUUUGCGGGAAAUGCUUUCGCCGCAAAUUUAACCUAAUUCGACAUCAAAGAAUUCACACUGGAGAAAAGCCAUAUGAGUGUGGAGAUUGUGGGAAGUUCUUCAGCCGAAGCUGUAAGCUUAUUGAACACCAGAGAGGCCAUACUGGUGAAAAGCUGAAUGAGUGCAGUGUUUGUGGGAAACGCAUUCGCCACAAAUUUAACCUCAUUCAACAUCAGAGAAUUCACACUGGUGAAAAGCCGUAUGAGUGCAGUGAUUGUGGGAAGUCUUUCAACCAAAGUUCUGCCCUCAUUCAACAUCAGAGAGUUCACACUGGAGAAAAGCCUUAUGAGUGUAGUAAUUGUGGGAAAUGCUUUAACUACAAAUAUAUACUCAUUCAACACCAGAAAAUUCACAGUGGAGAAAAGCCAUAUGAGUGCAGUGAUUGUGGAAAAUGCUUUAGCUACAAAUACAUACUCAUUCAACACCAGAGAAUUCACACUGGAGAAAAGCCGUAUGAGUGUAGUGAUUGUGGAAAGUUCUUCCGCCAUAGCUCUGGCCUCAUUCAGCACCAGAGAGUUCAUACUGGAGAAAAGCCGUAUGAGUGUAGUGAUUGUGGGAAAUGGUUUAGCUACAAAUAUGUACUCAAUAACCACCAGAGAAUUCACACUGGAGAAAAGCCGUAUGAGUGUAUUGAUUGUGGAAAGUCCUUCAGCCAAAGCUCUGCCCUUAUUCAACACCACAGAGUUCAUACUGGAAAAAAACCAUAUGAGUGUAGUGAAUGUGGGAAAUCCUUUCGACGACGCAGCCAACUUGUUCAACACUGUCGAGUUCAUUCUGGAGAAAAGCCUUAUGAGUGUGGGGAAUGUGGGAAAUACUUUAGCUAUACAUCUAACCUCAUUCAACACCAGAAAGUUCAUAGUAGAGAAAGACCUUAUGAGUGUAGUGAGUGUGGGAAGUCUUUUGGCCACAAAUCUCACCUUCUUCGGCACCGGAGAGUUCACACUGGAGAAAAGCCCUAUCAGUGUAGUGAAUGUGGGAAGUCUUUCAGCACAAGCUCUUCCCUCAUUCAACACCAGAAAGUUCACUCUGGUGAAAAGCGAUAUGAAUGCAGUGAUUGUGGGAAGGCUUUUAGCCAAAGUUUUAAACUCAUUGAACACCACAGGUGUCACACUGGUGAAAGGCCUUAUGAAUGUAGUGAAUGUGGGAAGUCCUUUAGGCAGCGCUCUAGCCUUUUCCGACACCGCAGAAUUCACACUGGAAAAAAACCUUAUUAGUGAAGCAAAUAUGGGAAAGCCUUUGGACAAAAUUGUAACCUUAUUUGACAUUAAGAAAGAUCAUACCAAAGAAAUGCCUUAUGACUGUAACGACUGGCAAAUCCUUGUGACAUCCUCCCAAAUUGUCCA